UUCACUGACUAAUUCAAUUCAUUAUUCCAGUGUUUCUCAUUUCCUGUUUCCUGUCUUUUCUGCUUCCUGCUUCCUGCUCCCUAACUUCUCAGAUUCCCAUAGUCACUGAUAUCUUAUUUCCUGUUAUAUUAUAUCUUUUCAUUAUCGCCUUCUGAAUUCUGGUUCUUUUUAAUUUGUUGAUUCUUUUUUUUUUCAUUUUUUUUCACCUCUUCCUUUUUUCAUUCGCUUGAUAUCUGAGAAAAACUCAUCAAUAUUAUUAUUAUUUAUAACCACAUUUAUAUUUAAUUACUUGACUAUUUAUCUGUUUUAUCAAUUUCGUCAAACAGUUGAUUGAUUACUUCUUCAAUCAAUCUCUAAUUUCUAAUCGUUAAUAAUCUAAUGAAUUAUUAUACCAUCUCACCCUUCUAAUAUCUUAAUCUCGUUCCAUUUUCUCCCUCCUAUUAACAACCAUGUCUAAUCGUUUAAACGUCUUGUCUGUUGGUGAUAAUCCAAACAUUGCUUUUUACUCUUGGAGAUUGUUCCAAUCUUCAAAAUGUAACUUGACCAUAAUCAAUGAUGACUUGAAUUUUAAUACUUAUCCUCCCAGCAACACAUCUCGUCCAGAUUCUUCUGAUUUGUCUAAUCAAGCCUACUCAAUAUCUUGGUUCUCCAAGAAAUUUAACAACCAAAGAUUCAAUUUUAAUAACUAUUACAAAACUUUUAAAGACUUCAAUUCUACUACUAAUAAUACCAACAGUAAUAGCAAUAGUAAUAACAAUAACAACAACAACAACAACAACAACAACAACAACAACAACAAUAAUAAUAAUAAUAAUAAUAAUAAUAAUAAUAACAACAACAAUAACAACAAAGAUGUAAAAUUCGAUUUAAUCAUAGUCCACUCAAAUUCUCUACAAAAUUUCUCUGUUCUAUCCAAUCACAUCAAACCUUACUUGAAAAAUGACCAAAAAUCAAUCAUAUUAAUCGAAUCGACUGGAUACUUGCAACUAGAACCUUACUUUCUACAAUCAUUCAACGAUACUGCCACAAUCUUAUCAAUCAUGAACGACUCAAACAUCAAAAAAAUUAAAAACAAAAACACGUACAUCCACCAACUAAAUAUUACCGCUAACACCACCAACACCACUAACUACAACGAGUUGGAAAGCGAUGUCUACAUAGGUUACUCAGGUCUUGACACUUCCUACAAAAGAUCCCACCUCAUUAACAUCCAAAAACUAAACGACCUUUUUCAAACCUCUGGCUUGAACCCAGUCCACUCAACAUCUCCCCUACAAUUUCUCAACUACCAAUGGAAAUUCGCCUUACCAAGAAUAAUCUUCAACCCUCUAUUAAUCCUUUUUGAAAUGCCAUACCCCAUCCAAUUGCACAAACAAAUCCUCUCUAAACCUCUCGUCAGUGGCUUGAUAACUGAACUCAUAACUGUUCUCAAAAAAAUGGGCUGCAAACUUAUCAAAGGCUACGAAAACGAAAACUCUCUAUCCAAAACUUGGAUUAACCAAUUUCCUCUCCAAAACGAGUCCUCACCAUUAGAUCCCACUUCCACCACUCCUUCUGGUUCCGGUUCUGGUUCCUCUAUCUCUCUUCCCAACGACACCGAACUAAAAAACAUCAACUACCUAAACACCCCCAGCUUGUUCUACGAAUACUACUACCAAUACGAUCUAGCUGUCGACACUUUACUCUUGCAACCAAUUCUCCUAGCUGAUGACUACGGCGUUAAAACACCCUACUUGGAAUUUCUAUAUGCUACUCUCUGUCAUUACAACAAAAUCAAUAAAUCCUCAAUCUCAGAUUUAAAUUCAAAUUCAAACUCAAACUCAACUCCCUCUUCUUUAUUCUUUGUUAGAAUCAACAAAGACGUUUCAACUUUAAAUGACAAUAUUCAAAAACUAUCCGCCCUCAAAUCUCAAAAAAAAUCUUUAAAGGAUUCAAAUACUUUGCUACUAAAACAAAUAGAUGACUUGUCAAAACAAGUUAACGACCUAAAAUUAUCCCUUUCUCGUCAAUCACAACAACAACCUCGCUUGCCUUAUCCUCCUCAAUUGAGAAAAAAUGGCAAAACUCAUCGCCACUCUCACUCUCCUCCAAAUCACAUCAAUCAUCACCAGCAACAUUCAUCAAAUCAUCAAAUCCAAACCUCUUUCAAUCAAAACCAAAACCAAAAUCAAAAUCAAAACCAAAACCAAAACGGAUUUGUUCCUUCUGAACUAAAAGAUUUAAAUCAAAAUGAUUACUCGGAACCAACUAAAAUCAAUCUACAACCCCCUCAAAAAUCACCAAUUACCGAUAAUAAUAGUAGUGGCGGUAAUACUCCAGAUUUAAAAGAUUUAACCGAUAUUGCUGUCUAUGGUGCUGUUUUAAAUGGCGAGUUAUCUUCCCCAUUACCUAAAGAUGAACCACAAUCUAAUUCUAACUCUAAUUCUAAUUCUAAUUCUAAUUCUAAUUCUAAUUCUAAUUCUAAUUCUAAUAACCCUAAUUCAAAUGUCACUCAAGGCUUGAAUCUUUCUACAAACCCAGUGCCUCAUCCACAUAUGCAUCACCAAAGACAACUAUCCCAUGGCAAUCCACAAUAUAACCAAUACCCUCAAUACCCUCAACAACAAAACCCUCAAAUUCCCAUGCCAAUGAAUCCUGGUUCUGGUUCUAGACAGCCUUCUUACGCUCAACCACCAUCAGGUAGAAUGCAAGCUGCUCCUUACGCCUCAUCAGUUUAUUCCAACGUUCCUCCAUCUCAACAACAACAACAACAACAACAACAACAACAGCAACAACAACAACAACAACAGCAACAAUCCUCUCAAUUGCAACAACCUUAUUCUUAUACUCCUCAACAUCGCCCUUCAACUCAAAAAAGAUACACCUCAAUGGCUCUUUCAACUCAAAUGAUGGACCAAACUAAUUUGGUUGAACAACAACUUGGUGACAUAUCUUCUAGAUUUAAACCAACUACAAAAUCAAAGAGAAGAUCUGCUUUCCCAAUGAUGAGCACUUCAAAUCCAAACUUGGUUGGUAUGGCUAUGAGCCAAACUCAACCCUUGAAUGAUUUCAGUUUAUAUAAUGGCGAAAAUUUACCCACAAAUUUAACACAACCAAAUCGAAAGGUGAGUAACCAAAGACAAAGAUUGAAUAGUUUAUCAAUGAGCAAUGGAGGCUAUCCACCAAUGAAUAUGAAUGGUACUCCUCGUGUUCCUUCAAAUCCAAAUCUUUUAUCAAUCACUCAAAACCCAAUGAAUGGCCCAAUGAAUGGCCCAAUAAAUGGUCAUCGUUCCCCAAAUCAUGGCCCUCCAUCUCAACUAGCUAUUAAUAAUGUUCCUCAUCAUCCACCUCCACCUCCACAUAACGCAAAUAUUAGUCCCAAAGUCAAUGGUAAUAAUCCAAACAUUCAACAUAAAUCAUCCGCCAUGAAUCUAUCAUCCAGUGGUUCAAAUAAUAAUAGUACAUCAACUGCCGGAAGCUCAUCCAACUAUGGAAGUUCUGAUAAUGCUUCUCAACCAUCAAGCCAUACAAGCCAAGAACAACCCACUGAUCAAAAUAAUAAUGCAAGCAAAGAAGACCAACCAAUUACAUUUUCUGCCCCUCAUAAUGAAAAUGGCAAUGCAGUGAAAACAAAUAACUCAAACGAUCCCAAAAAAAAAGAUAAGCGAGGUUUGUUUGGCAGGAAAAAGAAAUGAUAUUGUUAUUUAGCAAGGGUUUUUGAAAAAAAAUAUAAAUAUAAAUAUAAAUAUAAAUAUAAAAAAAAAAUUUAAAUAAUAAAAAUUCUCAAAAAAUCAUAUAGAGACAAAGAUAACCACUUUUG